AUGUCUAAUUCGACCACAGACAACGACGACGAUUCCCUCACCCACGAUGACUCGGUGUCGAAGUUCUACGCCUCCUUCUACAUCAACGCCGCAAUAGGGGGCGUUAUGCUCGUCGUGUUCUGCGUCAUUCAUCGACGCCGCCUGCUGGGCCUCUCCUACUUCUUCUCGCCCAGAAAGGGAGGAAAUGACAAUGCACGAUCGGUCCAAUUCUGGACCGGCCUAAUUAUGUGGAUCUGGGAAAGCUUGAGCUACCCGGACAAGAAGCUCUGGCAGACGCAUGGGGCCGACGCACUCACCUACGUGCGGUUUCUGCGCAUGUGCUUUCUGUGCUGUCUGGUGACCACCACCAUCUCGUGCUCCAUCCUCUUGCCGCUCAACUUGUCAGGCGAUCAGGAAUCGGAUUCCCUGGGCGAUAUGGGCCACCUGACGAUGUCACACCUCGACGAGAGGGACUCCAAGCUGGUGGCCCACGUCGUGGUGGUGUGGGUCUACUCGGUCUUCUUCUACGCCAUCCUCUUCUACUACUACCGGAUGUACGCCGAAGUGCGCAUGCACUGGCUCAACCGCAACUCCCCGCGCACCUACACGAUCGUCCUGCUCAACAUCCCGCACCACAUGCGCUUCAAGCGCGCCAUCAAGGACUGGUUCGAGGACCACUUCCGCACCAAGGUCGCCAGCGUUGUGCUGCUGUGGGACGACCGGAAAGUCAUCAAGCUCAAAGAGAGGCGGGCCAAAUACAUCAACAAGUUGGAGCUGGCCAAGCUCGACUGCGCAGAGAUGAAGAAGCGCAGGAGCGAUCCAUUUUACUGCUGCGGGUCCUGCGGGAAGAAGGUCAAGAAGAAGGGCAAAGUGUGCGCGUGCUGCUGCAACGCGUUCACCAACAUCGCUCUCUGCUUCAGCGCCUGCUUCGGCUUUUUCAAACGCGUGGCCCGGAAAUAUUGUUGCUGUUGCUGUUGUUUCACCUACUACGAGAGGGAGGGCGAACGGCGACUCACGCACGCCGGCUUCCUCGAGAUUCUCGGCGAAGAGGCACGUGCCGUGGACGCUGUGACGUAUUACCGCGAGAAGGUUGCUGCCACGACCGAACAGAUUCGCAACAUGCAGCACAACAAAAAGGACAAGCUGAAGAAGAGCGGUGUGGCAUUCGUGACCUUCACCAAGGUCUAUCCUGCUCGAGUCAAGAUCAAUCCCUACAUCAAUCCCGCCAAAAUGCUGGUGUCGCCGGCUCCGGAUCCGUCGGACGUGUUCUGGGUGAGCUUCAACGUGAGCUACGCGGGCCAGAUUUUCCGCAUGUUCGUCAUCACGGCCAUCAUGGUGGUCAUCUGCCUGAGCUGGAGCUCCGUCUCGAUCGUCGUCAGCUCCAUCUCCAACCUCAAGAACCUGGCCGAGGUGGAGGGCUUCGAGUGGAUCGGCGACUUCCUCGACGUGUUCCCCGACCAGAUCCAGUCCAUCAUCGAGGGCUACCUGCCGCCCGUCAUUCUCUACCUCGUCACCCUGCUCAUGAAGCCCAUCAUCAAGUUCUUCUACAAAAAGAGUGGAUGGUUGUACGCGCAUUCGGACGUGGAGUGGUGGACGAUGUCGACCUACACGGUGUUCCUGUUCUUCAACGUGUUCCUGGUGUCGACGAUCGGUUCGACGCUGUUCACGGUGCUGGCCGACUUCAUCGACAACCCGACCACCGUCGUCACCCUGUUGGCCACCGCCCUGCCCCAGCAGUCCCUCUUCUUCAUCACCUACCUCAUGGUGGCCGGCGCCGGCAGAAUUCCCUUCAAACUCUUCCGACCGGCCGACUUGCUUCGCGUGCUCGUACGAUUCGUGUUCACCUGUCCGCGUACCCCGCGCCAGAGGCGCACGUUCCACAAUCUGGAGCUGUGGUUCGACUACGCCGGCGAGGUGGGCCAGGGUCUGCUCAUCCUCACGCUGGUGCUGGUCUAUUCGGUGAUGGCGCCGCUCAUCACGCCAUUCGGCAUAUUCUACUUCUUCAUGGACUACAUCAUCACCCGUUACAACCUCAUCUACGCCAAUCUGACGCCGUGGGACAGCGGUGGUCGGCUGUGGCCCAAGAUAUUCCACCACACCAUGUCGUCGGUGCUCGUGUUCCAGCUCGUGAUGCUGGGCAUUUUCGGUCUCAACUCCAACUACCAGAGCGCCAUGUGGGCGCUUAUCCCUCUUCCCCUCAUCUCUAUUUUCUACUGGGUGUUCAUCCACUUUAUGUGGUCCCCCGUGUCCGCCUUUGGCCCCAUCAAUGGCACCUUCACCCUCAAGCAGACCUUCCUCGACAAAACGCUGCUGCGCAAGGCCUACGAGCAGCCAUCGUUCAAGGACCCGGAGGAGGAGAUCUGGGAGGAGGAUAUCGAGGGGUACGCGAGCGACGGCGACGGCGACGGCGACGAGGAGGAGAAGGGACCCCACAAGGUGUUCGACUUUGGCGACGGCCACGGCGACGAGGACGACGUGGAGGCGGCGGCCAAGAAGUGGGAGGAGAUGAUGGCCGCGAAGAAGAAGAGCGGCUCGUCGUCAGCGCCGUCAAGCGAGAGUGACGAGAGCGAGAGCGAGAGCGAAAGCGAAAGCGACGGCCAGGGGGGAAUCAAGAUGCAGGAGACGAAGCAAAGCAGGGACGAGCGCAAGCGAGAGACGGCGAAGAGGGUCGAAAGAGAAAUGGAGCGACGUCGCCGACGCAGGCGAGGCGAAGAUGAAAGUGAAGGAGAGGAGGAAGAAGAGGUGAAGAAGGAGGUGAAGAAGCAGAAGAGCAAGGGGUCGAAGGAAAGCAACAAGGCCGGAGGCGAGGGUGAGACCGCGACCAAGAAGAAGCCGCUCCCUACGCCGGCCGACGUCGAAGCGCUGAUGCGUAAGAUCAACGAGGCCUACGAGAAGCGAUUCGAACGCGACAUGCGGGAGCUUAAGUGGGAGCGAAAGAAGGAGCGACGGCGCGAAGGCAUGGAGUGA